AUGUCUUUCAAUGAGACUGAGAAUAUUCUCCUGUGUUAUUCUUUACAUCCAGACUCUUGUCCCCGAGCUCAUCGGCCCACUGUUGUUAAAGUGGCAAUGUACGCUUUCAUGUCACUCAUGAUCCUCACAACAGUUUUUGGGAAUCUGCUGAUCAUCAUCUCCAUCUCUCACUUCAAACAGCUUCAGUCUCCAACUCAUCUGAUCGUUCAGUCAUUGGCUGUGUGUGACUGUCUGCUGGGUUCACUGGUGAUGCCCUACAGUAUGGUGCGAUCUGUCGAGGGCUGCUGGUUUUUGGGAGAUGUUGUUUGUAAAGUUCAUUCUAGCUUGGACAUGACCUUCAGUAUCUCAUCUAUACUGCAUCUUAGUUUAAUAUCUAUUGAUAGAUACUGGGCCAUAUAUGACCCUUUAAGAUACAAAAUAAGGGUCACAAACAACACCAUCGCUGUAUUUAUCACCCUUACAUGGAUCUUUUCAUUUGUGUACAGCUUUAGCAUUGUGUUUUCAGGGGUGAACAAAAUUGGAUUGGAAACACUCAUUGUGCAAGUUUAUUGUGUGGGAAGUUGUGUUUUGUUUUUUAACAGACAAUGGGGUCUUAUUUGCCCGAUUCUUACAUUCUUUCUUCCUGGGACUAUCAUGAGCUGUUUGUAUAUGAAGAUUUUUCAUGUGGCAAGAAAACACGCAAGAAUUAUGUCAGAAAGAGUGACCGGAGAGUUAAAGAGUCAAAGCUCUGCACAGAGAGAAAGAAAAGCAGCUAAAACUUUGGCCAUUGUCAUGGGUGUAUUUUAUUUCUGCUGGCUGCCUUUUUUUACUGCCACGGCUGUCGACCCUUUCGUUGAUUUUGUGACCCCAGCUGAUGUUUUUGAUGCUUUGGUUUGGUUUGGCUAUUUUAAUUCAACAUGUAAUCCUUUGAUCUAUGGAUUUUUCUAUCCUCGCUUCCAGAAAGCUUUUAAAAUUCUCAUAUCCACUUAUAUCUGUGGAUUCAACAACUUUAACAUCUCAACACUUGAAUGA